GCAAUGGCAGUUCCAAUGCUUAAGCUCGUCAUCACCCUUUUCUUUCUGCAAGCCCUCCUCACUUCCCAUAUCCAAGCCGGCCCGGGAAACUCCGAUCUCUUUCGCGAAUACAUAGGAGCCGAAUUCAAUAACGUCAAGUUUUCGGAUGUCCCCAUAAACCCUAAUGUAGAAUUCCACUUCAUUCUCGCCUUCGCCAUAGACUAUGACCCCUCAGGCUCCUCUCCCACCAACGGAAAAUUCAAUGUCUUUUGGGACUCCGACAACCUCAGCCCUUCCCAAGUUUCCUCCAUCAAAAACCAACAUUCUAAUGUCAAAGUUGCCUUGAGCUUAGGAGGAGAUAGUGUCAGUAGUGGCUCUGCCUACUUCAAACCUUCCUCAAUUGAUUCGUGGGUUUCGAAUGCUGUUUCUUCACUCACAAGCAUCAUCCAGCAGUACAACUUGGACGGAAUCGACAUUGAUUACGAGCACUUUCAAGCAGACCCCGAUACAUUUUCCGAGUGCAUUGGAAGGCUUAUAACAACCCUAAAGAACAAUGGAGUGAUCUCAUUUGCAUCUAUUGCUCCGUUUGACGACGAUGAAGUUCAGAGCCACUACUUGGCCUUGUGGAAGAGCUAUGGCCAUUUGAUUGACUAUGUCAAUUUCCAAUUUUAUGCCUACGAUCAGAGCACCACGGUGUCUCAGUUCAUCAACUAUUUCAACACUCAGAGCUCCAAUUACAAUGGCGGACAGGUCUUGGCAAGCUUUAUCAGUGAUGGGAGUGGCGGAUUGUCACCGGAGAACGGGUUUUUUAAAGCCUGCCAGAGGCUCAGGAGUGAGGGAAAACUCGGUGGAAUCUUUGUUUGGUCAGCUGAUGAUUCCAAGAAACUUGGUUUCCGCUACGAAAAGCAAUCGGAAGCUCUCUUGGCCAAUAAUUAG